AUGGCUCUGCUGCAAGGCAAAGUUGCGGCCAUCACAGGUGCAGUCACCGGCAUUGGAAGAGCCAUAGCUAUCGACUAUCUUAGACACGGCGCGAGCGUAGCUGUCAACUACUUUCCGGACGAGAGAUCGGCACAGCAAUUUGAAGACCUGCGACAAGAGGUUGGCGAAGAUGCAAAGUUGAUCGGAGUUCCUGGAGACAUUACGAAACCUGAGUCCGGUCAAGAAUUGGUGAAAAGAGCAGUUGACGAGUUUGGUGGAAGGUUGGAUAUCUUCUGCUCAAAUGCUGGUAUAUGCCAAUUCGCAGACUUCUUGACAAUGUCGCCCGGCCUUGUAAAUCAAACAAUAUCCACAAACCUCAAUGGUGCCUUUUUCGCUGUCCAAGCUGCCGCUCAACAAAUGUCUAGACAGACACCACAGGGAGGUAGCAUAAUCGGCAUCUCUUCGAUCUCGGCGUUGGUAGGCGGCGCCGGUCAAACUCACUACACUCCCACAAAGGCAGGCGUGCUAUCGCUCAUGCAGUCCACUGCCUGCGCUCUGGGCCAGUACGGCAUUCGAUGCAAUGCCUUAUUGCCAGGUACAAUUCGCACACAGCUGAACGAUGAAGACCUCGCGGGAGACGAGAAGCGAAAGUACAUGGAAGGGCGGAUACCGUUGGGCCGGCUGGGUCAACCAAAAGACCUCGCAGGACCAGCAGUAUUCCUUGCGAGCGAUUUGAGCGAGUAUGUGACCGGGGCGCAGCUAUUGGUUGACGGCGGAUUGUUCGUAAAUCUGCAGUAG